AUGUCACACAGCGAUUCAGAGAAGAAGAGCGCUCAGCUGGAGCCUGAGCUGCGCGACAUGAAGCUGGAGGAAGGCGCGACCCACGAGGGUGAUUCAACCCAAGUAAAGGUGGAAGACGCAGAUUCUCUUAGCCGCGUGCCCACGCCCUCAGCCAUACCUCCGAGGCUCAAGACUCGCACCAAAUCGCAAUCUCCUGCCAUCAAGCAAGAUUCCGAGGCACCAUCACCCAGUAGCAGCGCACAAGAGGAGGAAACUGUGGGCGGCGACAUUACUCUCAAAAUGGAGCCAGGAAAAGCACCCAAGCUGUCGCGCACUGCGUCUCAGAAGGUUGUGUCACGUCCACCACCGCUAUACCUCGAUCUUCCCGAUUCCACGGGGACAGCCAAGGAGACUUUCGUUGUCCUACCAGAAUGUACAUAUGCGAAUAAACACAUUGGCACCACCGACCCGGCCCUGGAGUGCGAUUGUGGCGAGGAAUGGGAUUCGGUUGCAAAAGUCAACCAUGCCUGCGGCGAGGACUCCGACUGCAUCAACCGCGCGACCAAGAUGGAGUGUGUUGGUGACUGCAGCUGCGGCAGGAAAUGCCAGAACCAACGCUUUCAACGAAAACAGUACGCCGACGUCACCGUCAUCAAAACCGAGAAGAAGGGAUUUGGCCUGCGCGCCAACAAGGACAUGGUGCCCGGCGAUUUCAUCUUCGAGUACAUUGGCGAAGUCAUAGACGAGCGCAACUUCCGCCGCCGCAUGAUGCAGUACGACGAAGAAGGCAUCAAGCAUUUCUACUUCAUGUCCCUCACCAAGGGCGAGUUUGUAGACGCGACUAAGAAGGGAAAUCUAGGCCGAUUUUGCAAUCACUCUUGCAAUCCCAACUGCUUUGUCGACAAGUGGGUGGUGGCAGAUAAGUUGCGCAUGGGUAUCUUUGCCGAGCGGAAAAUCAGGGCGGGCGAGGAACUCGUUUUCAACUACAACGUCGAUCGCUACGGUGCAGACCCCCAACCUUGCUACUGCGGCGAACCGAACUGCUCUGGCUUCAUUGGCGGAAAGACACAGUCUGACAACGCGACAAAGCUGCCGCAUGCUACCAUCGAAGCGCUCGGCAUUGAUGAUGGCGAUGGCUGGGAUACUGCUGUCGCCAAGAAACCUCGUAGGAAGAAGGCGAGCGAGGACGACGAGGAGUAUAUAAACGAUCUGAAACCACGGGAGCUUGAAGAGGAGGGUGUGGCCAAGGUCAUGGCAGCGUUGCGGCAAUGCACUGAAAAGUGGAUUGCCGUCAAGCUGCUCAGCCGCAUACAGCAGAGUGAUAAUGAGAGAGUCGGGCACCGUAUCAUCCGCAUGCAUGGCUAUGAGACCCUCAAGAAGACCUUGACGACUUGGGUGGACGACUUCAACGUAGUAAUGCAGGUUCUGGACAUACUCCACAAACUUCCGCGAAUUACCCGCAAUAAGAUUCAGGAUUCAAAAAUUGAAGAAGCGAUAGAGAAUCUCAAGAGCUGCGGAGACGAGCGAGUGGAAGAGUCGGCUACGAAACUACUUGGCGCUUGGAGCAAGCUAGAGAUUGCUUAUAGGAUACCCCGUAUGAAGCGGGACCCCAACGUCAGCACGCCAGUACAAACCGUAAAUCACUUUGAGCGACGAGAAAGGGGUCGAGAACGAUCAAGGUCAAGAUCAAAAUCGCCUGUCGCAACCGCGCCCAAAGGUCCUGCAUCAGCCGUCCCAGCAGGCCCUCGAGGAUUGAACGCGCCUCGCGGUCCAGCCGGCUUCUUCAACGCCCCACGCCCCGUCAUUCGACCUCGACCAUUCAACCCACUUCCUCCCGGAUGGUUCCAGGCUACAGCAGAAAAUGGAACGACAUACUUUUACAACUCCUCAGGUACUACGCAAUGGCAACGUCCGACCCAACCCGCCAAUCAGCCCCCGCCGCCUCCGCCGAAAGCCAAGACGGAUACACAGCUGUUGCAAGACAUAAUCUCCAGCAUUACUGCAAACGUCACGCCUACUGGACCUUCGGCGUCCUCUACCCCACAGCCUGCUGCCGAUGAACACAAAGAGAAGGAGUCAAAGAGUGAGAAAUGGCGCAAUCUACCGCAGGAGAAGCAGGAGAAGGUAUAUGAGGCAACUCUCUCACCGCAUGUCUUGUCUGUGACGUCGCACUACCGUAAGAAGUUCGAGAAGGACGACCUCAAGAGGUUAAGCAAAGAGGUAGCAAAGAAGCUCGUCCGCGGAGAUUACAAGUCCGGCCGUGUCAAAGACCCCACAGCUAAACUGGGCUCACGACAUGAGAAAACGGUUAAAAACUUUGUAAAAGAGUUCAUGGACAAGGCAUUUAGGAAAAAGGAAGAGCGAGAGAAGCACAAAGGCCAGAGUGAUGUAAAGUUGGGACGCAAGGGUGAUACACCGAGUACACCUCAAGGCGGCAUCAAGUCUGAAGAGGUGGAUUGGGACGACGAUAUGCUGGACUUGAAAGAUGAGAGCACAUCAUCACAUCAGGUCUCACCAACUGGUUCGGCUUCGGAGUUGAAGCGCAAGAGGGAAGAGGAUGGCGGCCUGGAGUCACCCAAAAGGACACGAACCGACACUGAUGAGCUGCAGUCAGCACCUCCCCCUCCACCACCGCCACCUGCCGAGGAUAUGCCCAUCGAUGGAGAGUCCAAUCUGACGCCCAUGGAGGACGCCUUUGCGAUGUCAUUUCCAGAGGUCGAAGAGGAAUCGACGUUAGGUAGCAAAGCAGACCAUGCAAACGGUCAUAUGAGCCCGAUGCAGCUUGCAACCCCUCCAACCAACGGCUCCAGCGACCAGAAGAGCCUCCUCCCUAUCAAUGGCGGUGAUAGCCACCAAUAA